AUGGGCGUAGAUAAAGGCUCCAAGACUAUCGGCCACGAUGGAUUUGACGGCUCCAAGUCCGAGGUGGCUGUCGGCGAGAGUCUUCAAAUCCCGAGGAAUCAGCUCCAGCGCCACCUCAAGAACCGGCAGAUCCAACUGAUCGCCAUCGGAGGCUCGAUCGGAACCUUUAUCUUUGUCAGCAUCGGCGGCACGCUUUCUAAAUCUGGCCCGGCAAGCUUGUUGAUUGCUUGGACACUAUACUCUUGUGUUAUCGCCUUGGUCAACAACUGCGUUGCCGAGAUGACUGUCUACAUGCCUGUUGGGGGAGGAUUUAUCCGAAUGGCAGGCAAGUGGGUUGACGACGCAUGGGGCUUCCUGGCUGGCUGGAACUUCUUCAUCUACGAAGCUCUCCUGGUCCCCUUUGAAAUCACCGCCUUGACUCUUGUGCUCUCCUUCUGGACGGAUCGAAUCCCCGCGGCCGCAGUCUGCGGAGUGUGCAUCGUUCUCUAUGGGGCACUCAACCUCCUCAGCGUGGGCGUUUACGGCGAGGCCGAAUUCUGGCUCUCGGGCGGAAAGGUGGUCCUGCUCCUUAUAGUCUUUGCCUUUACUUUCUUGACCAUGGUCGGCGCAAAUCCACAGCAUGACGUCUAUGGGUUCAGAUACUGGAAUAACCCUGGGGCAUUCGCAGCGUACCAGUCAGCUGGUGCCUUGGGACAGUUCGAGGGCUUCUUUGCAGCCUUGUCCAACGCCAUCUUCGCCAUCGUGGGCCCCGAGUAUAUCAACCUCGUGGCCGGAGAAUCGCAGCAUCCACGCACCUAUCUCAAGAAUGCCUUCAAGACGAUUUACUGGCGUUUUGGCCUCUUCUUCAUCGGUAGCGCCCUUUGCGUCGGCAUUAUCGUCCCUUACGAUGACCCUACCCUCCUAGCUAUCCUCGGAGGCGACACAGCCGGGUCUGGAACCGCAAAGGCAUCACCUUACGUUAUCGGCAUGCAAAACCUCGGAGUUGAUGUCUUGCCACACAUCGUCAACGCACUCCUCCUAACCAGUAUCUUCUCCGCUGGCAACACUUAUACCUACGCUGCCAUCAGGAGCCUAUACGGGUUAGCGCUUGAGGGUCACGCGCCUGUAUUCCUCACUAGAUGCACCAGUAGCGGUGUGCCUAUCUGGUGCGUCGGUAUCGUCAUGCUCUUCCCUUUCCUCUCCUUCUUGCAAGUUUCAAACAGCACUGGUCAAGUGUUGACCUGGCUUGUAAGCGUCAUCACGGCCGGCGGUGCCAUGAACUACAUUGUCAUCACCACAACAUACAUCUUUUUUUACCGGGCCUGCAAAGCUCAAGAGAUUGAUCGGUCUGCUUUCCCAUAUCGGGCGUACCUUCAGCCCUUUUGCGGAUAUUUCAGCCUUGUCUUCCUGGUCUUGCUGGUCGGCGCAUCCGGCUAUGCCAGCUUUGCCCCUUGGGACACUGCAGGCUUUGUCACCAGUUACGCCAUGGUCAUCCUAGCCCCUGUUCUCUUUUUCUUCUGGAAGGUUAUCAAGAAGACCAAGUUUGUCAAGCCUCUUGAAGCAGAUCUCGUGUGGGAGAAGCCGAUGAUCUACGAGUACGAAGCAUCGAUUGAGGACUCUCCCACGGGAUUCUGGCAGGAAUGCAUUGACAUGUUCCGGUGGCGCAAAGCGGGCGGAAAUGACAGGAGUGCAUGA